CCCGCACCGCACCCGGGCUCAAAAGCUCCACCGCCGCGCUCCGUAAACCCGACCGAAUUCUCGGCCUCUCGCCCAGGGAGGCGACGCCGCCGCGACCUCCCUCCCCUCCGCCUCCGGCUCCGCCCCCGUGCCCGCCGCGCGGUCUUUGCUUCUUUCCUCGGAGAAUCGAGGCACGGGUGUCUUCAAGAUGGCCAAAAAUUCGAGGAACAUGAAAUAUUCGUCUCGUGAGGUCAGAUCAACACGUUAUUUAAGGCCGUUCAGCCAUUGUAGUUUCAAGAGAGUUGCUACCCAGGAGCCAGCAUUAGCAGCGAUGGAGAAAUGUGCAUGGAAAGACGCGAUCUGCCCAGUUUGCAUCGAAUGCCCACAUGAUGCUGUCCUUCUACUCUGUUCAUCUCAUGACAAAGGCUGUCGUCCAUAUGUAUGUGGAACUAGUUUCCUCCACUCAAAUUGUCUUGACCAGCUUAUCAAGUCAUGCAGAAGCUCAGGAAGCGGUGAUGAUCCAGGCUCGAUAGUGCUCACAUGCCCGCUUUGCCGUGGUGAGGUUAAGGGAUAUACACUGGUUGAGCCUGCUCGGGAGCAGCUAAACAGAAACAGGAGGACCUGCAUGCAAGAUGGCUGCUCAUACAGCGGUACGUACAGAGAACUCUGCAGGCACGCACGAAAGAAGCAUCCUUCAGCAAAGCCUCGUGCAGUGGACCCUCUGCAGACUUACAGAUGGAGGCGGCUCAUGUUCAGAACCACGUUGCAAGAUAUGAUCUGUGCGACAAGCUCGUCAACGCUCCAAGGAUUGUUGUCUACCAUGUUGCAGUUUGAGGAGCUUCUGGCAUUUAGUUGGCGUGGAGAUGAUGAGCACCUUGGUGCUACCAACGAUCGUGCAGUGUAAAUGGCCACUGUGGACUUUGCUGGUCUGUGGUCUUUGAAUUGCUCGCAGAAACAUGAGAAUUGACGUGCUAUUGCCAUUAACGAAACCUCCUAUGGAAGUUGAGACCUGACAGAGUAACAGUUGCAUGGAUCUGUUGUCAGGGAGCAUGCGUGGCCUAUAUUCAGAAGAAACAUAAUGCUUUCAUGGACUUAAAGGUGCUAGCAAAGUGGUGGAAUGGUUUGAAUAGUUUUUUUGGAAGUUCAUAUCUGUCCAUUUUGUCUGGUGUGUGAUGCACUGUUCUUGUGCAUCCCUCUUGGCUGUUGCAUUGUAUGAACAUAACAUUUUCUUCUAAAAUAUGCAAUUCAACUUGCUAUAGAUCUCCUAUGGGCAGGUUGAUAAGGUUA